AUGCUUGCCUUCCUCCAACAACACUGGUUUUUGAUUGGGCUUGUCGCUGUCAUCUUCUUGGCCCACGCCGUACCGUGGCUCGGCGCGACUGGAGGUCCACUCAUGCCAGAGUAUAGCAUCAAAUAUGGAGCCGUCUUUAUGAUCUUCUUCAAUUCGGGCCUCACCCUGCGCACUGAAGACCUGGCCGCCGCAGCACUACAAUAUCGGGUGCAUGCCAUGAUCCAAGGCUUUACGCUGAUUCUCGUGCCACUUUGCGUGGCCAUCUUUGUGCACGCAGCCCCAGCGAUUCUCAGUGACGCCUUGACCAACGGGUCUGUCCUCGCACACUUUACCGUCUUGUCCUGCAUGCCGCCACCCGUGUCCUCGGCCGUGAUUCUGACCAAGGCGGCCAACGGGAAUGAGGCUGCUGCUAUUUUCAACUCCGCCCUCGGCAGUUUCCUGGGCAUCUUUGCCACCCCUGCAUUGCUCAUGCUAACGAUUGGUGCCUCGGCUGACAUGGACGUGGGCAAGAUCUUCUGGUCGCUCUCCUUGACUGUCGUUUUGCCUUUGAUCUUGGGACAGGUGGUUCGCUUUGAGGCUUGGCACCGGAUUCGUCCAUGGAACAUACCCUUUGGCAAUAUCAGCAGUGCCACUCUGCUCCUCAUCAUCUUUUCCACGUUUUGCAACACGUUCUCCAGUCAUGUCGAAGUGGAGGUGCGGUCGCUAUUGGCCGUGGUGGGUUUGGUCAUCAUUAUGCUCAUGGCAGAGAUGAUUGUACUUUUUGUGGCCACCAAUGCGAUGGGCUUCUUCCCACGUGACGUUGUCUGCAUUCUCUUUUGCGCCACACACAAGUCGUUGACCCUGGGUAUUCCAAUCCUGAACAUCGUUUUUGCAGGCUCGCCCCAACUAUCUCUUGUUUCCCUGCCCCUCCUCGUGUACCACCCGACGCAAAUCCUGCUCGGUGGUAUUCUUGUCCCUGCUGUCCGAAGCUGGCUAUAUGCGCGAGAUCGCAAGAAACAACUGGCCUCAGAGGCCCACCAACUGGCCCCGCGCGCCUAG